GCUUGGCAGCAACACCGCGUCAACAGCCUGUGGCCUGGGGGAAGCGCAGGAGCAACCACCUUCAACCCAUCUCAGUCACUCUCUAUACAAUCAAAUAUCCGUCCCAUUAGAAGCUGUUAGAAGCAGUUAUUUUGCCAUCUCUCCCUCUUCUGAAGUUCUUACUUGUGCGUCUCAUCAUGGCCGAUCGGUACUCGUUCUCGUUGACUACGUUUUCUCCCAGUGGAAAGCUGGUCCAGAUUGAAUAUGCUUUAAAUGCCGUGAACCAAGGUGUUACUGCUUUGGGUAUUAAAGCCACAAAUGGGGUGGUUCUUGCUACAGAAAAAAAGUCCUCCUCGCCCCUGAUAGAGCCUCCUUCUCUCUCGAAGGUCUCCCUAAUCACCCCGGAUAUCGGCAUGGUCUACUCUGGCAUGGGCCCCGAUUACCGUGUCCUCGUCGAUAAGGCCCGUAAAACCUCCCACACUGCUUACAAACGCAUUUACAACGAAUACCCGCCAACGAGAAUAUUGGUCCAGGAUGUCGCCCGAGUUGUCCAGGAAGCUACGCAGUCCGGUGGUGUCAGACCAUAUGGUGUCAGUUUGCUAAUCGCAGGCUGGGAUGACGGUGUUGAACCCACAAUCGCGGGAAGUGAAUCAGAUACAGACAAAAAGAAGGUGUCAGGGAAGACAGGAGGGAUCCUCAAGGGCGGCCCUAGCCUGUACCAGGUCGAUCCUAGCGGCAGCUAUUUCCCAUGGAAGGCCACAGCCAUUGGGAAAAGUGCGACCAGCGCGAAAACGUUCCUUGAGAAGAGAUACACAGAAGGUCUUGAGCUGGAAGAUGCCAUCCAUAUUGCACUUCUCACGCUGAAGGAGACCAUCGAGGGUGAGAUGAAUGGUGAAACUGUUGAAAUCGGCAUUGUUGGACCACCUGCCGACCAUCUAUUGGGAUAUGAGGGAGUUGAGGGCGCCAGAGGGCCACGGUUCCGGAAAUUGACCAAGGAGGAGAUUGAGGAUUACUUGACCAACCUAUGAGAUAGACUUUCAUAUUAAGCGCCAUUUUCAGGCUUUUGAUGCUUUUUAAUUAUUUGCCUUUAGCUUUGGAAUGUAGAAAACCAAAGCACGUCCAGAUACAUCUUUCUUUCAUAACCUCUAUUUCAAAUGCCAAAUAAUGUGUCUCAUCCCCAUCGCAACCAGCGACUUGGAGUCCCUUUCGGCUGGUCGCUGGGUGGGGUUGAAUUGAGGCCUCCAGUAUAUUUCUUUCGAAUGUGGUGGUGCCAAUUUUUGAGCCUCUAAAAUACACCCCACUACACACCUCACACAUAUUACGCAGUACACACAGAUUACUAAUACACUCUCAAUGCCCUC